AUGGAAUCCAGCAAAGACAGCACUUCCACUCAAAAGGAGCCAUUCCAACCAAAAGAUGAAAUUGCCAUAGAAAGGGAACCUGCGAUGGAAUUCAGCAAAGACAGCGAUGCUCAAGAGGAGCCAUUCCCGCCGGCGCCAAAAGGGGAAAUUGCCAUGGAAGAGGCGCCUGCCAUGGAAUCCAGCGAAGACAGCGAUUCUCAAAAGGAGCCAUUCCUGCCGGCGCCAAAAGAGGAAAUUGCUAUAGAAGAGGCGCUUGCUAUAGAAUCCAGCGAAGACAGCGAUUCUGAAAAGGAGCUAUUCCCGCCGGCGCCAAAAGAGGAAAUUGCCAUGGAAGAGGCACCUGCCAUGGAAUCCAGCAAAGACAGCGAUUCCCAAAAGGAGCCGUUCCCGCCGCAGGACGAUGUUUUUAUGGAAAAGACAUCUGUCGUGGAGGACGCACCUGUCGUGGAAGAGGUACAUGUUACAGAAAAGGCACCUCCUGUCAUGGACAAAGCACCAGUCAUGGGAACAGAGACACCGGUCGCGCCAAAGGCACCUGUCGUAGAAAAUGCACCUGUCGUGGGAAAGGCACCUCUUGUGGAAAAGGCAUCUGUCAUGAAGGAAACACCUAUCGUGGGUAAGGUACCUUUCAUGGAAAAGGUACCUGUCGUGCCAAAGGCAACUGUCCCGAAAAAGGCACCUCUCAUGGAGAAGUUCAAAAAGGAGAUUCGUGCCAUUCAGAACUAUCAACCAAGUUAUGACGCUGCCGAAGCCCCGUCAGCAGCAGAAUCGGCCGCCAUGAUAUCCGUCCUUUUCCUUUCGCCUUGUACAUCAUACUACUCAUCUUGAUUUACGACCUCAUUGCAUCCUCGCUCUUUCCCUUCCUCCCACGGCGGCUUUGAGCGGCCGACAAAGCCGUCAAUCGGCAAUGACAUCGGCCUCGCCCCCAGCCUC